GCGCAGUCAAAUACGUUAAACAAGACAUCCGUAUUCACGGUUAACCCCGAAAAAAUGGACGAGCUUUAUUUGGAUAACAUUGAUGAAUACGUCAACGACCAAGAUAAGAUAGUGACAUAUAAAUGGCUGAGUCUCACUCUGGGAGUUCAUGUCAACACAGCCAAACAAAUGCUCUAUCAUUAUUUGGAUCACAAGAGGAAGGAAAGUUCAGCUCAGCUCCAUGCCACUUAUCUUGUGUCGGGGAAGUUUGUGGACAAUGGCCAAACAAGUCACAAGGUGUCGGUUGUCAAAGAGGACCAGUUGGAAGAUUUUAAAUCCAAGAUGAGCUUGAUAGUCAGUGUCCACGUCUACAGUGUCCAGAAAGCUUUACUGAAAGAUAGCGGCCCCCUCUACAGCGUUGACUAUGAUGCUGUGAAAGACAAUCUGAAAAACUGCAGCAGGUACAGUGCAAUCCGCUGUGACAGUGCAGUCCCCAUGUCCUCUCUGGAGCUGCAACAGGCGAGAGAAAUCCAGCGAGCUCCCGCACCAGAGCCUGUUCACAAAAAAACUGCCAUGAAUGGAGAUGCUAAUCUGGCUUCAAAACCUUCCACCAAGCCGCAGAAAGGCAUCAUGGGAAUGUUUGGAAAUAAGCCCGCUCCUAAGAAUCAGGACAGUGGCAAAGAUGUCAAGUCAGAGCAGAAGGAGGAUGCACCUGUGGUUGAUGCCGCUAAAAGCAAACCAGCCACAAAAGCCAGUCCAAUGAUGAACUUCUUUGGGAGUCAAGCAGCAAAGAAACCAGAAAAAACGGUGAAGCAGGAGGAAGCAGCUCCAUCAUCAUCCUCAGCAGAGCACCAAUGCCAGAGUUCACCGCCCGAGAGAAAACAAGCUUCUCCUGCUGCUGUGGAGCCAAAAGACUCUAAGAAAGACUCAAGAAGCAAAACCAAGCGAAUUGAGGAUUCUGACAGCGAGGAGGAAAAGAUGGACAAGAAAAAGAGACGAAGGAUUAAGAGGCCCGAGCCAGACAGCAGUGAUGAAGAUGUCAUUCCAGAUUCUCCACAGCCGAUGGAAACAAAAGAACCUUCACCAAGUCCUAAGAGGGAGGUUGAGUCUGUUUCACAUUCACAUCAAGGAAACUCUGAUAUGAAGACGAGAAAGAGGAGACGAGUCCUGAAAUCUCGGACCUUUUUAGACGAGGACGGAUGCAUCGUGACAGAGAAAGGCUAUGAGAGCGAAUCGUACUCCGAAACAGAGGAUGAUGUUGCGGCCACAAAACAAGCUCCAAAAGAUCUCAUCUCUGCAAAACUACCAGCAAGUAACAAACAGGACGAGAAGAAGAUUAGUCAGAAGAAAACAUCUGCAAAUGCAAACAAAGGAACAAAACAAGCUUCAAUUAUGGGAUUUUUCCAAAAGAAAUGAUGGGGGACAGUGUGAGACACCUUUAUUGGCAAUGAGCAACAACAAAGAAGACUGCUGGAGACUUACUGUAACGAGGUUUGGGUGAAACUGACAGCUGAAACACAUCAAAUCACUUCUCAAGGACUUCAACUACAUGGAUCACAGGAUAGCAACUUUUUCACUUUUCACCUCACCAUCACCAGCUGUGAACACAUGUAUUACUCAAUAAACUUUAAAAUAGACACAAAGAUGUGGUUAACAUGAUUUGUGUAGGACGGUGGUGUCCAAACUAUUAAAAACAGGAGCCAGUUUAGAUAAUGUAAAGGCCACCUGCUUCUCACUUUACAUGGGUUAUUUAAAAUAAAAAUCAUAAAUGCAA